AUGAGAAAGCUCUUCUGUGUACAGACCGGCGCUGAGGCGGCGCGCAGGGAAUCGGCGCGCGCCGCUGCCGCCUCCGCUCCUGAAACCAAAAAUGGAACUCGAGCGCAUUUUUUCCGCGUGCGCUUCGCCCACGCUCGGCGUCAGUCUGAAUACAUGCGCUCGCCGCGAGGUAGUUCGGCUGGAAAGGGCGCUCGGUGUGCGGUGUGA